AUGGGCAUUUCAUCAGCUCGUAUUAUUGGAGUAAUUCUUUUAAUUGUUCUUUUUAGUGGCAUCAUGGUUUCUGCUGACGUGUUAGGGCGGCGCAUGCUCGGUGCAGGCGGCUACGGUGGUGGUGGCGGCGGCUUAGGUGGCAUCGGAGUAGGUAUAGGUGGAAGUCUCGAGCAUGUAGGAAAUAUUGGCACCGGACUUGGUGGUGGUUUGCUUGGUGGUGAAGGGGCUGGCGCUGGUGGCGGUGGACACUAA